UCAGAUCUAAAACGCGACCUUCUCAGAAACAAAACCUCAUCCCCAAAGAGAGAGAGCCAAAGGCAGAGAGAUAGAAAACGAGUCUUCACCCUUUAUAAAUCCCAUUUUACAAAUUUACAAAUCUCUUUUUCCCUCUCUAAAUCCUCUCUUCCUUCAUUUGUGUAUAUAUACACAAAUCCUUCUCCUUUUCAAAUCAUUUGGAGGUUUCGAAACCCUAGAUUUGAGAUUCCGCAUUCCAAUCUAACGAAAGAGAAUGGCUGAACAAGGAAUGGAAGGGAGUCAGCCAGUUGACCUUAUGAAACAUCCUUCAGGGAUUAUUCCAACUCUUCAAAACAUUGUCUCGACAGUGAACUUAGACUGCAAGCUUGAUCUUAAAUCCAUAGCUUUGCAGGCUCGUAAUGCUGAAUAUAACCCCAAGCGUUUUGCUGCAGUAAUCAUGAGGAUAAGAGAGCCAAAGACUACAGCUUUGAUUUUUGCUUCUGGGAAAAUGGUGUGUACCGGAGCCAAGAGUGAACAUUUUUCAAAGCUUGCUGCGAGAAAGUACGCUCGGAUUGUUCAAAAGCUUGGCUUUCCUGCAAAGUUCAAGGAUUUCAAGAUUCAGAACAUUGUAGGGUCUUGUGAUGUCAAAUUCCCCAUUAGGCUUGAAGGUCUUGCAUACUCUCACAGUGCUUUCUCAAGUUACGAGCCUGAACUAUUCCCAGGGCUGAUAUAUAGGAUGAAACAACCAAAGAUUGUGCUACUUAUUUUUGUCUCUGGGAAGAUUGUUAUAACUGGAGCCAAGAUGAGAGAAGAGACUUACACUGCCUUUGAGAAUAUCUACCCAGUUCUUACAGAGUUCAGGAAAAUCCAGCAGUGAUAGUAUAGCUAUGAUAUACAUCAGAAGCAAAGAGAACAUGUUUACAAUUCAGAUUGCCAUGAACUAGAGAUCCCGGGUGGUGGCAAAGCGCUUGGUGAGGUUACUUUCCUUCAACAAAGGACUGUGUUUGAUUAUUCAGAUUGAGAACCAGAAUUUGUAAAUACAGAAUGGAGAUUCCAAUCUCUUCUUCUUUUUUGUUCUAUGUUGCUUCCAAGUAUUGUGUUUCGUGUAAUGUUUGUUUUAGUGAGCAGUACCCAAAUUGUUAAAGAGUUACUUAGAACUUGUCUACUAACCAUGUCUAAUAAGACACCAACACUGUGAUAAACUCAUUUAAGCCUGUUUGCAGCUCUA